CAGGUAUCCCUCUCGGCUUUCUCCUCGCCCCCUUCCCACCCUCUCCCGCCGCAGCUCCUCCGCCACGGCUAGCGCGGCGCAACGAGCAGCCGCCGCCGACACCACCAGUGUCGCGUGACGCGGCAGCUGGCGGGGCCCACGGGGGCCACCGUGGCGAUGUCGUCAUCGGCGUGGGUGGAGUGGGCCGCGGAGUACACCAAGGCCGCGCAGGCGGAGGCACGCCCGCCGCCGGAGUGGGCGGCGCGGGUUGCUUCGGCCGCGAGGGAGAGCGGGGUGGACGUUCUGUGGUCCGCGGGGCUCGCGGAGGUGCUGGCGCGGGUGCUGCUCCCCGGGGACGGCGGUGGAGGUGGCGGCGCGUCCGCGGCCGCCGGUUGGAAGUACGCCGAGGCCGCGCUCGCCGCGCGCCUCGCGUCCCCAUCGCUCCUCGUCGCGCUCCUCUCCACCAGGGUCAUUUCUCACAGGUUUUCCAGGCCAAUGGCGUAUAGGCUCUACUUGGAGCUCUUGAGGAGACAUGGAUUCAACUUUCGUUAUCAGAUGAAAGCUUCAAACUUCAGAAAGAUCAUGGAUUUAAUAGAUGAGAACCUUAGUCUCUCCAAGAUAUUUGGCGUUUCAACGUGUCAACCAGGGGUCUUUGUUGUUCAUUUUGUCCUCUGUAUUUUAUGGCAGUUGGUUGAUGCUAUUUUGGAUGAUGAGGGCCUGUUAGAGCUAACUCCAGAGAAGAAAGCUCAAUGGCCAACCAGGCCUGAAGAUGUGAGCGCAUUUGAAGGAACUUAUAUUGAACAAAGAACAGAGAAGAUCGAGAAGUUACAGAAGAUGAACAGUGUGAUAACUAUAGAGCUCAUUGAGCAUCUUCUUCGUGAUAAAGUAAUUACUCGUAUCCUAUCAUUGGCACGCGAAAACAUGCAAUCUCAUUGGGGGGCAUUUAUUAGCCGGUUGCAUUUGCUUGCAUCAAACUCAUCUGCCUUACAAAAUUCAACGAUAUCCUUGGAACCAUUUCAGCAGUUGAUUCUAGGUGAUUGCAAUGUAUAUGGAGAAACUAAGCAUAAUAUGCGUAAAAGAUUCCACCCAACAGUGGCUUCUAGCCCUCUUUCUUCUCCAAAUGGACGAUGCCUUGGUGCUAGCUAUUCUGCACUAUGGAUUCCUAUCGAUAUGUAUCUUGAGGAUUGCCUUGAUGGCUCAAUCGCUGCAACCAAUUCCAUUGAGAUUUUAAGUGGUUUGGUCAAGGCUCUUCAAGCAGUCAAUAGAUCCACCUGGCAUGAUGCUUUCUUGGCCCUUUGGAUAGCGUCACUUCGCCUUGUACAAAGAGAAAGAGAACCAAUCGAAGGUCCUGUACCUCACCUAGAUACACGACUAUGCAUGUUGUUGUCUAUCACAACACUUGCAAUUGCUGACAUAAUUGAGGAAGCAGAUUCUCUUUGCAAUGAAACAGAACUCAAGAGCCAUGUGAAAGAAAAGAAAGCAAUUGGUAAUCUGCGCAAAGAAUUGAUGUUAAGCUUACAGACACUUGGUGAUUAUGAAAGUUUGCUUGUUCCUCCUCCAUGUAUCAUCCCAGCAGCUAAUCAGGCUGCUACCAAAGCUGCAAUGUUCAUUUCGGGAAUCAACAUUAGCAAUGGUUACAUGGAAAAUGUCAACGGGAGGAAUUAUUCCGGAAAUAUGCAACAUUUGAUUGUGGAGUCAUGUAUCUCAAGGAAUUUGUUGGAUACAUCAGCUUACUAUUGGCCUGGUUAUAUUAGUGGUCAUGCCAACUCCAUACCUCAUACACUCCCUAGCCAACUUGCUGGGUGGUCAUCUUUCAUGAAUGGUGCGCCAUUGACUCAGUCGUUGGUUAAUAUGUUGCUAUCAACUCCUGCUUCGAGCUUGGCAGAGCUCGAGAAGUUAUUUGAAACUGCAGUUAAUGGGUCAGAUGACGACAAGGUUUCCGCUGCCACUGUUCUAUGUGGAGCCACUCUUCUACGUGGUUGGAAUUUUCAGGAGCAUACAGUUCGGUUAGUUGUCAAACUGCUCUCACCUUCUGACCCAGCUGAUUAUUCUGGAAGAGAGAGCCAAUUGAUUAAGCUUGGCCCAAUGCUCAAUGUUAUUCUCACUGGAAUAUCGCCUGUAGACUAUGCUCCAAUCUUCUCAUUCCAUGGCCUGAUUCCAGAGCUGGCUGCUGCUCUUAUGGCAAUAUGUGAAGCUUUUGGGUGUCUUUCUCCUACUGUUUCCUGGACGCUGAGAACAGGAGAGAAAAUAUCUGCUCACACAGUCUUCUCAAAUGCAUUCAUUCUUCUGUUAAGAUUGUGGAAGUUUAACCAUCCGCCGCUUGAGUAUUGCGUUAUGGGAGAUGGUGCUCCAGUUGGCUCACAGCUAACUCCUGAGUAUCUUCUGCUAUUACGGAAUUCCCAGGUUCUAUCUCCCAGCAGUUUGGCAAAGCAAAGAAAUGGACAAAAGCAGUUACAAGUUACUUCAAACCCAUCAUCCCAGCAUCCUAUUUUUAUGGAUUCGUUUCCGAAGUUGAAAUUAUGGUACCGACAACACCAAGCUUGUCUGGCCUCAACUCUCUCUGGACUUGCUCAUGGCACUCCUGUACAUAACAAUGUAGAUAGCCUUCUCAACCUGAUGUUCAUAAAGGCCAAUAAAGGAGGCACAUCUAUAGGUUCUUUAUCUGGAAGUAGCAGCAUAAGUAAUUCAUCGGGUCCUGGUGGUGAUGAUUCACAUCUUUGGCCCCAGUUACCUGCUUGGGAGAUACUGGAAGCUGUUCCAUUUGUGGUUGAUGCUGCUCUUACUGCUUGUUCCCACGGAAGACUGUUUCCACGUGAGCUGGCUACAGGUCUCAAGGAUCUUGCUGAUUUCCUGCCUGCAUCUACCGCUACAAUAGUAAGCUACUUUUCAGCUGAGGUAACACGGGGUGUUUGGAAACCAGCAUUCAUGAAUGGAACAGAUUGGCCUAGCCCUGCUGCCAACCUAUCCAUGGUCGAAGAGCACAUCAAGAAAAUUGUAGCUGCUACUGGUGUUGAUGUUCCAAGACUUGUCACAGGAGGAAGUUCUUUGGCUACGCUUCCGUUGCCAUUGGCUGCUUUUGUGAGCCUCACCAUUACAUACAAACUUGAUAAGGCAUCAGAACGUUUCCUUAACCUUGCUGGUCCAGCUUUAGAGAACCUUGCUGCAAGCUGCCCAUGGCCAAGCAUGGCAAUUGUUGCUGCACUGUGGACGCAAAAGGUGAAGCGAUGGAGUGAUUUCCUUGUGUUUUCAGCUUCGCGUACGGUGUUCCAUCAUAACAACGACGCAGUCGAACAGCUUCUCCGAAGCUGUUACACUGCUGCCCUUGGCAUGUCAUCUACAUCAGUAUGCAGUUGUGGAGGUGUUGCCAGCCUUCUGGGCCACGGGUUUGGUUCUCAUUGCUCUGGUGGUCUCUCACCAGUUGCACCGGGAAUCCUCUAUCUCCGGAUAUUUCGGUGCAUUAAGGACUGUUCCAUACUCGCGGAAGAUAUACUCUCCCUUCUGAUGCUUUCGGUGAAGGAUAUAGCUGAAACAACCGUGCCCAGACAUCGGUCAGACAAACUAAAGAAGACCAAGUAUGGGAUGAGACAUGGUCAGGUGUCUCUUGCUGCUGCAAUGACGCAAGUGAAGGUGGCAGCAUCACUGGGAGCGACACUCGUGUGGUUAUCCGGCGGAACAGCCCUUGUCCAGUCUCUGAUCCAAGAGAUGCUUCCCUCUUGGUUCCUGUCCGUGCAGAAUCUGGAUCAAGGCGGAGCCAGUGGAGGAAUGGUGUACAAACUGGGCGGCCACGCGCUCGCCUACUUUGCAGUGUACUCCGGGAUGUUCGCUUGGGGCAUCGACCCGACGCCGGUAUCCCGGCGCCGCGAAAGGGUCAUGCGGUCGCACUUCGAGUUCCUGGCGAGCGCACUGGACGGGAAGAUCUCCCUCGGCUGCGACCUGUCCCUGUGGCGCACCUACGUGUCGGGGUUCCUGGGGCUGGUGGUGGAGUGCACCCCGUGCUGGGUGCAGGAGGUGGACCUCAAGGUGCUCAGGAGGCUGAGCAGCGGCCUCCGGCAGUGGAGCGAGGACGAGCUCGCCGUCGCGCUCCUCCGCAGGGCCGGGCUGGAGGCAAUGGGCGCUGCUGCCGAACUGAUCCUGGGCAGCGAGCGGUGACGCCGACGCGCGGCUGGCAUUGUUCGUCGCUCUUGCCACCGUUUGUUUGUACAUAAUCAUAACAUGUGUAUGUGCCAUGGGUUCUGUUGGAUUGAUUUUUCAGUAAGACUGUUAGGUGCGUUGCUCUCGCCAAUACUACCGUCUGCUAACCGUCA